GGCAGACUCAACGCCUAGCGGCUGGCGUCUCAAAACCGCUACACGCGAUGCUGCUGCUGUGGGAGUUGGUGGUCGCAGCCUCGGCGCUGGCGACUCCAGCUCCCGGGGCAGCUGUGCAAAGGCGGGGAGCAGCUCAGGCUUGGCCCGAUGCGCCUAACGUGGUGCUAGUUGUGAGCGACUCCUUCGAUGGAAGGCUAACAUUUUAUCCAGGAAGUCAGGUAGUGAAACUUCCUUUUAUCAACUUCAUGAAAGCACAUGGCACUUCCUUUCUGAAUGCCUACACAAACUCUCCAAUCUGUUGCCCAUCACGCGCAGCAAUGUGGAGUGGUCUCUUCACUCACUUAACAGAAUCUUGGAAUAACUUUAAGGGCCUAGAUCCAAAUUAUACAACAUGGAUGGAUGUCAUGAAGAAGCAUGGCUACCGGACACAAAAAUUUGGAAAACUGGACUAUACUUCAGGACAUCACUCCAUUAGCAAUCGCGUGGAAGCAUGGACAAGAGAUGUUGCUUUCUUACUCAGACAAGAAGGCAGGCCUAUGGUUAAUCUUUUCCCUAAAAAGACGAAAGUAAGAGUUAUGGAAAAGGACUGGAGGAAUACAGACAGAGCAGUAAAUUGGUUAAGAAAGGAAGCGACUAAUUACACUCAACCAUUUGUUCUGUACUUGGGAUUAAAUUUACCACACCCUUAUCCUUCACCAUCUUCAGGAGAAAAUUUUGGAGCUUCAAUAUUUCGCACAUCUCUUUAUUGGCUUAAAAAAGUGUCUUAUGAUGCCAUCAAAAUCCCAAAGUGGUCGCCUCUGUCAGAAAUGCACCCUAUAGAUUAUUACUCUUCUUAUACAAAAAACUGCACUGGGAAGUUUACAGAAAAAGAAAUUAAAAAUGUUAGAGCAUUUUAUUAUGCUAUGUGUGCUGAGACAGAUGCCAUGCUUGGUGAAAUUAUUUUGGCUCUUCGUCAGUUAGGUCUUCUUCAGAAAACUAUUGUCAUAUACACCUCAGACCACGGAGAGCUUGCCAUGGAACAUCGUCAGUUUUAUAAAAUGAGUAUGUACGAAGCUAGUGCCCACGUUCCACUCUUGAUAAUGGGACCAGGAAUUAAGGCCAACCUACAAGUAUCAAAUGUGGUUUCUCUUGUGGAUAUUUACCCUACCAUGCUUGAUAUUGCUGGAAUUCCUCUGCCUCAGAACCUGAGUGGAUACUCUUUGUUGCCAUUAUCAUCAGAAGCACUGAAGAAUGAACAUAAAUUCAAAAACCUGCAUCCACCCUGGAUUCUGAGUGAAUUCCACGGAUGCAAUGUGAACGCUUCCACCUACAUGCUUCGAACUAACCAGUGGAAGUAUAUAGCCUACUCUGACGGCUCUUCAGUAUCGCCUCAACUCUUUGAUCUUUCCUCAGAUCCAGAUGAACUAACAAAUAUUGCCACAAAAUUUCCAGAAAUUACUUAUUCUUUGGAUCAGAAGCUUCGUUCCAUUAUAAACUACCCUAAAGUUUCUGCUUCUGUCCACCAGUACAAUAAAGAGCAGUUUAUCAAGUGGAAACAAAGUGUAGGGCAAAACUAUUCAAAUGUGAUAGCAAACCUGAGGUGGCAUCAGGACUGGCAGAAAGAACCGAGGAAGUACGAAAGCGCAAUCAAUCAGUGGCUUAAAACACACACUAAUCCAAAAAAAUUUGAACAAAAAUAAGAAAAUAAUGUUCUAGAGCUACAUAGAAAAAUAUUAAAAGAUCAUGAUUAGUUAUCUAUUUUAAAUGUUAAUUUUACUAAUUACUGAUUUUAAUUACUUUUAAAGAAUGUACUCUAUUUUAAAAGAC